CCGUUGCCGUUUCUGCGGUCCUGCUAAUCCGAAUAUGAUGUAUCAGGAUGUUCUUCAAGAAGGAUAUUCUUCAAGAAGUUUUUCCUCAGAAUGCUGUUACUCGGCUACCUCCGUAUUGGACGAGCCAAUUAAAGCUGGUUACGACAGAUCACAGUACGGACAUUGUGAAAGCAAAUAUCGACGACAACAUGAAAGCAAAUAUCGACGACAACGUGAAAACAAAUACUGACGACAACGCGAAAACAAAUAUCGACGACAACAUAAAAGCAAAUAUCGACAACAACGUGAAACCAGAUUACGGCAAAGUUAUUGUGAAAUCAGAUCCCGACGGCAACGCAAAAUCAGAUCAGGGCAAGGACUGUGCAAAACCUUCUUCAAGCGCGAGAUACAACUGCGAAUCUUGUGGCAAGCCCUAUAGGACCCGGGCAUCGUUGAACUACCAUCGAAGCGUGGAGUGCAAGAAAGAUCCUAAGUUCGGCUGCCCCUUCUGCGCUUACAAGUCGCGAAGGAGAAGUAACCUGCGUAGGCACAUGCUACUGCAUUACAACACGAGACCUCGUAAAGAUAAGUCGUAAAGAAAGCUCGUUCGUUUACUCAAGCGAGCCGCUCGACAUCAAUGAAGCAUACACUUUUAUAUUUCAGUGUUUGAUCUCGGAAUAAAGAAAAGGCUUCGUUUUCGUAACUCGUUGUUUUACUUUUAAUUUCAGGAAUUUCUAUAUUCUUCAGUUCACCUUGUGUCUAUGUUUUUGCCUAAAUUAACCCCGUUAUGCUAUUUCAGGUAUGCGAGUGAGAAUCUUUGGAAGGUAAGUAGCUAAAAUACGUGACUCUUUAUAAACAGUUUUGAAUUUGUAAUACGAUUGGUUGAUGUUUUUUUCUUUUUUCUUCUCAAUUGAGGUGAGAUUCUUUUCUGAGAUACUGUUUUCGGUGUUUUCGAAGGAUCUAUGUAAUCAAAUGUUUUGCAGAAGAUAAAAAAUAUUUCUUCAGGUAAACGAAAAUUAAAUUUAGCGUGCGAAAAAUAGUUCGUUGAAACUAUUAUUUCAAAUUCGACCGUACCUAUCGGAAUGUAUUUGUUUACUACAUUCUUUCUUUCCAGCCUUCUUUACAGUGCUUUCGAUGCUAUGUGUCGUCCGUAAAGAUAAUUGAGUAGUCGUUUAUCCUUUUUUCUGCUUUUUCAGAUGCCUCGCUUGACAACAAUUACAUAGAUCGAAUGGACAUCGAAACAGGACUUAUAUUGAAGUAUCACGAAUGUCACAAAUUUGGCUUCAGUCAUUCAACGUAUUACGAUUAUUGCCGGCAGUGUCGGAAUUCGAAGAAAUAUCGAUGUGUCCGCUGCAUUUAUUGCACCGAUACUAAGUAGAUUAAACGUGUUAUUAAACGUCGAUUGAAAACACAUAAGUUCCUUUGAAGGCUUAUCAUUCAUUAAGACGAAAUUUAUUUUAAUUUGUUAAUAAAAUAUAAAUUGCGUGCGAUGCGUUUUGUAUUAUAUUUAUGUAUUUAUUAAUUUUAUGUAUGCGUAUCUAAUCCUGUGAAGAAUAAGUUUCUCACGAUGUAACUGACGAACGUCACUAUUUUGCAUGUUAACAAUGUUAUCCAAUCUCGUCGUGAAAUUACAUAAAUUUAAUGAUCGGUGACGUUAUCACAGUAGCAAAGUUAAAACAAAAUGACCUAAAUUCUUGUUUCUCCAUAUAUUGUCGUCCGACACCUUCAGAUUCCGAUCGUCAGUACAUUUACACGCAUGCAUUUACACCACACUAUUAUUCAUUUAAAUUAUUAACUUAGAAUGACACUGAUAUAUUUUACUCAGUGAAUUUGAAGUCUGUCUUGCUGCUUGUACAUACAUACGAGACGAUAUUGAAAAGUGUUUUGAAAAAGGUGCUAAGAUCAAUGUAGAUUUUAUGUUUAACUUAACAUUUAUUUGUUCAACGAAGCUUACACUUCAAUUAAUAUUUAAGUUUUAUCAGUUACGUAGUCUUUUCUUUCAAGGAGAACCCCAAACUCACGAACAUUUUUGUUUUCGGAUCGUUGAAAUAGAGAUAGGAUUUAUAUUUAGAGAUAUGAUUUAUAUUUAGUCUAAGAUUUACGAAUCGUAUUCAAUAUUUGAUUAAACUAAAAUCAAUAAAGUCGAUUAAAUUUUAUAAAUUACAUCAAGCUACAUCCAGUUAUGGGUUUUUUCCCUUAACACGUUUGUUGCCGCGUGGGCGACCGGUGAUCUACGCUGAAUUUUUCUUUUAAAUCGUAUGAUCUGUUCUCUACGAUUUUUCGUUGUUUCUCUAAACAAUGGUUGUCUUCAGCGAAACGAAGUGUCGCGAAACGAAGUAGUCGGUAAGGACCUCAGUGGAAUGACUGUCUUAUUAGUUCGAGACAACGUUGCAUGUCUUAAGUUUUGUCUUAAAUAACGUACAAUGACUGUUUUGCGUUUGUCCGGCGUUUUAAACUAAAAAGCCGUUCUGUUUGUGAUUCAUGACGAAUCUCUAUAUAAAAAAAAAAGUAAAAAAAAAGUGAAAAUGUAGACGAAGAUUUACAACAUAAAACAUUGUCUUAAAAUUACAAAUCAGUCAUUCUGCUAAGGUCUAUUGGUAAGUGAUGGAUUCGAUUGACGUAUGAAUUCACAGAUUUCGCCCAGAUGUGGAAGCGUACAGCACUCGGAUUCUGGAACCGCCGAUCGCUUGUUAAGCUCUUUCUCAUUCGUUCGCAGAAGACGACCGUCAGUCGCGAAUUAUCGACGACUCAUCCAGAAUGAACGGGUCGCGUAAAAUCGGGGAUCCCGUCGACACUCCCACGGCGAGUCGUUCAUUUACAGCGGCUCGUCGGAGCGUCUCGUGUGGGAUGGUGGAACUGGCCUAAA